ACACGUCACUGGAAUUGCAGUGGCGGCGAAAAUGCACCGAUUCAAUCGCGGCGCAGACUUUGAGAUGGUCGCGUUCAUUCAUGGAAUCGCCGGCCAGUCUCAACUCUCCAAGGUAAUGUGGGAGCUCAUCUGUCUUCCUGGAGACGGCAUCCUAUAUUUUCCCAUUUUGCUGCCGAUUGGGGCCGCGGCAUGGUACCUGGAGUACUUCCCUCGCCUCAACCGCGAGCAAUCUUACCUCCUCACGUACUUAUACGUCGUCCUACUUGUCGACUUGCUCUUGAAUUUUGCCAUGAAAGGCAUGGUCAAGCGGAAACGCCCUCACUUCCACAAUGAUGACAUGCGCUUUCCCGGCCCGGACAAGUAUUCAUUUCCUUCUGGCCACGCUACCCGCGCUGGUGCCUUGGUUGCGCUCUUCUCUACCCUCCUGCAGUAUGAACCUGACCUGCUGUCCCUCGCGACGGCUGGACUCACUUCCAGGACGUCCACAUCCAUGUGCCUCACAGUCGCGUGGACGUGGGCCGCGAUCAAUUCGUUCGGUCGCCUCGCGCUCGGGCGGCACUUCGUCUCCGACGUCGUGGUCGGCACUUUCAUCGGAUACAGCUUGUUUUUCCCAGUGGCGCGUGGUGUCAUGUUCUGGGUAUACCCGCCACACGUUCUUGCCGAUUAAUGCAGUCGAAUCUUUGCAGCGUUUACGUUAUAACUUUACAUUGCAAGGAAGCGAAUGACGCUCGAGAAUGUCUACCCAUACCGAGGAAUCGGGGCCGUGGAAACUAUGCCGAUCGGAUGCGGCGCGCGGUGGAAGCUCGCGCGCCCACUCGAGUGGAAUGAGCGCGUGUUGCCGCGUGGACAUCUUCACGUCGAUCAGUUCGCCAUCGUGAAAAUGGAAUGCUUUGCCCCACCGAUCACUCUUUCCGUCCCGCUUGGACGGUUGAAUGUCGGC